CACAGGUUGUUGUUGUUAUCUGACAGGUGAUUGGUCAGCAGGUGUAGAUGUCCGCCAUGAGCCACGGUGUGGUGACCGUACAGGAGAUGCACUGUGUCUGCUCCUGGUUCGCCAACUGGGCCCCCGUGCAACGGGAGGAGUUCCUCCGUGACUUGGUGGAGAAAGCUGUCGGAGUCACCGCCGACUCCCUCAUGGCUAACCUGGACUCGCUCUCCGUACAGGACAAGGCGCCGAGUAUAUUCAAGUGUCAGAUGAAGCUGUUUGGACAGUGGUUUGAAGGGUGGACGGAGGACGACAGGAAUGAACUUCUACAGAGACUAGAGAACAUAGACGCCAUCUUUGUGGCCAGGUUCUAUGACGAAGUGGCCAAAGUCAACCAACAAAGACAUUGACAAGUCAAAUUUCUAUUUAUUGGAAUAUCAUUCAUAGGUAUCCAUCAUUGCAUUGCAUUGAACCUACCUGAUAUUGUCAGUCUUUAAAUGUUAACAGUGACCAUGGCAUCUUUCGACAUAGACCAGACUUUAUUGGUUUUAAGUGUUCUUCUUAGGCAGUUUUGAGCCUAACUUUAAAAUGAAAACAAAGGGAAUUUGAAUUGAAGUGGGCAAAUUAAGCCCUCGU